CCUCCCUCUGUGUGAAGCCUGGGAAGGGUGGAUCCUCUUUCACUGAACAACACUACUGCUUAAAAAAAAUCCGCUUCUCCGGAAGUCAAACUUUCCUCACAACUCCCCAAAAAGCGUUGAAACCCCUUCAGCUCUCAGGUUCACUAUGAUUCUUCCUCAAUCCCUGCUCUUUUUAGUCUACCUCUCUGGACCGCUGGCCUGCCAUGCAUUCAAGAUUUGUGCCUUCAACGUUCAGAGUUUUGGAGGCUCGAAAGCAACAGAUGGCACAGUUUUGCACAUCCUAAUACGGAUUGUGUCACGCUGUGAUGUGUGUUUGCUUCAAGAAGUCAGAGAUCAGAAGAAAACAGCCAUACCACGUCUGAUUAAUAGACUCAAUAAUUAUGAAAGGGAUCACCAGUAUGACUAUGUGUCCAGUGGACGUCUUGGCAGGACACAAACCUAUCAAGAGCAAUAUGUUUUUGUAUUCAGGAUUGACUCAGUCAGGCUAAUAGACCAGUAUCAGUACCCAGACACACAGAAAGGAGAUGAGGAUGCUUUUGCCAGGGAGCCUUUUGUAGUGCGCUUCCGAGCACCUAAAACAGUGAUUGGCGAGUUUGUUCUGAUCCCAAUGCACACCUCUCCUUCUAAUGCCACCAAAGAGAUUGAUGAACUCUAUGAUGUCUUUGAGGAUGUUAGACAGAGGUGGAAGACAGAGGACAUAAUGUUCCUUGGUGACUUCAAUGCAGCUUGUGGAUACGUCGCCAAGAAAAACAGGAAGAACAUAAGACUCUACUCCAACAUUUUCAGCUGGCUGAUAGAUGACAAACAGGACACUACAGUAAGAGGGACCACUGACUGUGCAUAUGACAGGAUAGUGGUACACGGAGAUUCCUUUCUCAGAGCUAUAGUGCCAUUCUCAGCACAACCAUUUAAUUUUGCCAGUGAAUACCGGAUCAAGGAGGAAGAGGCUUUACGUGUGAGUGACCACUAUCCUGUAGAGGUAGACCUGAAGACCAAGUCAGGAAGUGAGCAGGGAAGCAUGAUCUUUUUCCAAAUAACUCUUGGCCUUCCCUUGCUACUCCAACUGACAUGACACCAGUGUGAAGGCGGAGACUUUUUCAGUCAGUCAGUUUGAGAGAAGAUAACCAUAUGCACUGAUGCUACUUAAACAUCAUCUAAGCCAAAGCUGCACAAGAAUGUACUGGGUUUCUUGGAAAUAAUGUGAUACACAUUUUCAUGCUCUUUAAAUCAAGGAGAUUGUAAGUAUUAAAAAAGUUUAUCAACUACUGAAAAGCACAUUGCUUUAUUUUUAAUCUGUUAUCAUGCUGGAAUUUCAUCGGACACAGUCCUAGUUCUUGUUGGUAGGAAGUACAUUUAAGGUAACUGGCUGCUAAUGAAUCAGCUCUUUUGCCACUUUACUGGUGACUAUCUGGUUUUUGUUUGUAAAUGGCACAUUCAAAGUCUACUGGACAAAAAAAAAAAAGUUGAAUCCUCCAACAGCAAUAUCAAACUGUACAAUGUCAGUAGGUUGCAUGCCUGAAUGAAUGUAACCCAUUUGUCAGGUGCUGAGGUCACCUUUUGUUGUUCAUGUCAAGGCAAAACACAAUGCUGACAUAUGGCAUGGGGUCAAAUCUGUGCUGGAUUAUUUAAAAAAAAAAAAAAAAAUUGGUGGCGUCCUUAUCUGACACAACAGAUGCUGUUAUUAAGGCGAGGGAAAGCAUAGCCAAGUAUUAGAAAAAAAUGAUGUUUUUAUGUUUGAGGUUAUUUAGGUGUCAUUCUUGUCGAACAGUCACACAGAUUUGGCCCCUGCAGUUGUCAUCCUGGAACAUGGGCGUGUCAGUGACAUGCACCAUUAGCACACAAAGUACCAAUGGCAAUCCAGUUGUAUGCAGAGUUUGUCCUGGUGCUCAGCUACUGAUAUUGUACAAUAAUUCGGUGCUAUUGGUGGAUGCAAAUAUUUUGUCUGAGAACCUUAACAUUGUCUUCAUUUAGUUUAUCUGUAUUUCGAUUAAAAGAUGGAGACAAGCUUUAUUUCUCUCUUACUCCAGUUGUACACUGAUGUAGAAACAAAAGAUAAGAUUAAUGGUGUUCAGUUUCUCCUCAAUUAUUGGCUUUAAGACAAUUUAAGAUGUUAGUUCCCUGUUUACCUGGACAAUUAAAUAAUCAGACUUGACUAUUGUAAUUCUCUUUAUAUUGGAAUGAGUCAAUCCAAUAUUAGUCUUCAGAUGGUUCAAAAUGCAGCCGCCAGGCUUUUGACUGGCACUCGGAAAUUUGAUCAUAUUUCCCCAAUAUUACAUUAUCUGCACUGGCUGCCAAUUCGUAAUAGAAUAGAAUUUAAAUAACUCUGCUAGAUCACUAAGGUCAUCACAACAAAGAUUGUUAAGGUCUAGACUUAUAUCGAGGGGUGACCAAGCUUUUUCUAUCAUUGGUCCAAAAUUGUGGAAUAGUCUCCCUUUAUCCCUGAUCUCUGCAGAGUCUGAAUUUAAAUCCAAGUUAAAAACGUACCUUUUCUCUCAGGCCUACAACUGUCUUUGUCUCGUCUUUUCUGAUUGGUAUUUUUGAUGUAAAUUCCCUUAAUCAUUGCUUUGCAGUCUUUUUUUUUUAUUCUCUUUUUUUUUUAGAUACAUCUUUUGUCUUUUAUGUACAGCACAAUGGUCAACUAUUGUUGUUUAUUGGUGCUAUAUAAAUAAAAUUUGGUUUGAUCUGCUUAA